AUGGCCCUAGUAGACAUAGCCACCCCUUUACUAUCGCCCGAACGUCGCAAAAAGAAGCCCUACAAAGAGCUAACGUUAGCCGAAAAAGUCGAGUUGAUCCGCCUGGCCGAGAAUAACUCUAACCUAUCACAAGCUUCAAUUGCUGAGUUGUACGAGAUUGCCAAAAGUAAUGUGUGUCGUAUUUUACAACGCAAGACAGAGUACUUGCGGGCGUUUGAAAGUGCCAAAUUCGCGGGUUCGCGGAAGAGAAAGCUGAGGAAUUGGCUGGACUGUAAUGAGAAUGAACCAAUUCGCAACAAAAAAUCAACUUGUUCUGAGCCGGCUGAAAGUGCUCGUCUUGGUAAUACUAAAUUAGUUUUGAAAAAUUUGUUAAAAAUUUUUAAAAAAUUAAAAAAUUUGUUGAAACUUUUGAGCGAAAAUAUUAAAAAUAAUUUAAAAAAUCAUCAAAUAAAAAUUUAAAAUUUAAAAAAUUGUUUAAAAAUUUCAAAGAUAAACUAAAAGUAAAAAAAUUUUUUUUGAAAAAAGUUUUGUCGUUUUUUACUAUGCAAAAUAAAGUAAAUUGGCGACAAGAAUUUUAUUUUCAAAUGGAAACAAAAAAUGUCAAUUUUAAGACAUUAACAAUCUUACUGUAACAAAAAAGCUUGAUUUCUUACUGUAACUUAAAAAAUCGAACAAAAAUUACUUUUUUUUUGACAUAAAGACAGUAGCGUAAUAUAUGAUAAGGUAGAGUAAAGUAGAGUAGAGUAAAAUAGAGCAAUUAGAGUAAGAUAGUGCAAAAAUUUAGAUUUUUUUUCGUAAAAUACGACCUUGCCUGAAACAAUAAUUUAAAAUUUUAAAUUUUAAUUUAAAUUUUUUUUCAAAUUUUUUUUAAAUUCGGCUAAAAAACCAAUAAAAGUAGAUUGUAUAAGAAUUUAACCUCCCAAUUUAGGUAACGAGACCCUGCGAGCCCACAUGCUGAAACAACAUCAAAUUUCGCGGAUGUUUAUGUGCCGUUGCUGCAAUUGGGCCUUUCCUGACAAAACGUCAUUACACAUGCACAUGCAGGUAAGGCAUAAAACUUUUUUAUGUAAUGUCAUCAAGAUAGUAUGGUAGCUUAUUGGUGCUAUACCACGCUAUGUUUUUGUAGCAUGGUAAUGAGAUAUUACCUAAAAUAUGACUUUUUUUUAAAUUUUCCAAAUUUCUUUUUGAAUUUUUAAAAAAGUACAGUAAUCCUUGACAAAAAAUUUUUCAAAAAGUGAAAUUCUGAAGACAAAUCAAUUGUAAAAUACGGUUUUACCUCGAGUUAAACCACUUAAUUCAAUGUUAUUUUAAGGGCAAAUCCGAUGGAACAAAGUCAUCCCUAAACGUCCCAGUCAUUGGCAAAGGUCUACCCCCAAUAUCAUCUCCUCCCAGCCAAACACUAAACUUUGGCAAUACAGAAGAACUCUUCAAUAACGUACUGGCCGCGCAGCUCAACAAUCAACAGCUGAGAAACGCCUUCCCUGCUUUAAAUCCAAUGAAUUUGGGAAUGAGAAUGAACCCAACGGCUGUUUCGACUAGUUUUGGAAGCUGUAAGUUAAUUUUUUUUAAUUUUAAAAGGGUUCUUGGGUAAAUUGAGCAUGAAAAUAAGGUUAGUUUUGUUAAAAACGGCAAUUCAAAAAAUUUAAAAAAAAAUUUUUUUUUGGUUUUUGAAAAAAAAUUUUGAAGGAUCAUUGACCUAUAACAAUAUUUUUUUGUUCAGUGUAGAGACAGUUUUUUGUUUGUAAAAUACGGACAAGUAAGGUUGUAGCAUAGUAUCCUGGUACAAUAUUUUGUCGUGACACAACGGUACACUACUUGCUACAAAAAAUUGAUAAAAAUAUUAAAAAAAGGCUUGAAAUGUCAUAGAAGUAAGCCAUUUUUUGUUACAAAUAGUUUAAAAUCGGUCAAAAAACUUAUUUUUUCUAUUCCAAAGCGUUGUACAGUAUGUUAACAACGUUUUUCAUAUAAGUCUCGAUUUAAAAAGAUAAAAAAAUUUAAAAAAAUAUAAAAAAUGCCACUUCUUUCCCUAAAAAUAGCCCAAUAUCCGUCAAAAAACUUAAUUUUAAACUUUUUUACGCCGUCGUAAAAGACAAAAACCCAAUGUAUACAUAAAAAACUGUAUAAAAAAGACCACACAACUUUAAAAUUCUACAAAAAACACCUUGUCAUAUCAGGAGUGUAACUAAAAUUUGCCUAGAAUUUCGUUUCCGACCAUUAAAUUCAAAGUUUUUUUGGAAUUUUGACACGCAAACGGUUUUUUGAUAAUUGAAACUGUGUAAAAUGUAACCUUUUUUCGAAUUAUGACAAAAAUUUUUGAAAAAAAAUAAUUUUUUGUCUUGGAAAGGAAGUUUUUGAUAUUUUUUGUUUUGUAUAGGAAGUUACUGUCAUUUUUUGUCUUGUAAAGAAAGUUCUUGCCAUUUUUUGCUUUGUAAAAAAAGUCCUUGCCAUUUUUUUAUUUUGUAAAGAAAGUUCUUGCCAUUUCUUGUUUUGUAAAGAAAGUUCUUGUUAAAAAUCCAAAAAAUUCAAAAAAUUUUAAAACUUGUUUAAAAAUGUCAUUUUCAGCAGUAAUCAAGCCCGGAAUCACCUCUCCCUUAACACCAAGCAGCACAGCGUCGGGCGCGAGCUGCGAUAACCCGCAGAACAGCCUCUUCCCUCAAUUGUCGAUGAUUCCCCGCGACAAUGCAGAUUUGUUUUUGAAACUGAGAGAUCGAUUGUUAUUGAAUAACUUAUGGCUACCUGGAAGCAAUGUGAUGAAUAUGCCGUUUGGUGCAACUGGUACUGAGGGUGCUGAAGGCAGUGAUGAGAGCAAUGGUAAGAUUGCGUUUUUUCUAGGAUUAGGCUAGGGUUAAAGCUAAACACAAAAAAAUAAGGCUAAAAGUCGAGCUCGGGCUCAGGUUCAGCGUUAGGUUUAGAUUCGUUUUCUGGUUCUGAUCUGUGCUCAGGCUUAGGCGUAAGUGCCGGCUUAGGAUUAGGUAUAGAAUCAAAAUCAGGUUCAAGUUCAGGCUCUGGCUCAGGCUCAGGCUCAGGCUUAGGCUUAGGCUUAGGCUCAGGCUCAUGUUAAUGCUCAGGCUUAAGCUCAAGCUUAGGCUUAGGCUAGGAUCAAGCUCAAGUCCUUUUUUUAAGUUUGUAAAGAAAGUUUCUGCAUUUAAAACUUUAAAAAAUAUUUUUAAAAGUACUGCAUUUUUACUUUAACUUACAAUAAACUCACUAAAAGUUACAAUAACCCUUUAUUUUCAGCCUUCAACUUCUUCAACCCUACUUUAUUUGCCAACCAGCUUGAUUCGGCCAAGAAUAUGGCCACUCAAUCUCAAGAAGCUCUUCAGAAUCUGAUGCAACAGAUUCUAGAACAAUCUAUAAAGUCGAGCAAUGACAAUAACAACAACGUAGAAGACGAAAAAGAAGUCAAAGUAGAUUCAGAUGACUCAGAACAUCGUACAUCCUUCUUCUCGGCUGAAGAUUUAAUCGACCGGUCGACUUGCUUUGACCGGGCUGCGAAUUCAGUCUCUUCUCUUGAUCGUAAACUGGAUUCUGCUUCAUCAUUAGACCGUGCUAUGAAUUCUGAUUCUCUGCUUCAUCGUGCAAAGACUUCAGUGUCUUCAGGAUCUAACUCAGCUUCUCCAGUAGACCACGGUAAUGUUAGAAGCCCUGACUACACUUCAGAAGGGUUUGAACGAUCUUCUGAGUAUUGUACUGAAGCUGUUAAUUCUGUAGCAUCAUCAACUCAUAAUGAGGAUUCUGAAAGCCAAAAUCAUAUGAUUCUGAGCCAAAACAGAAGUCUAAACCAUCUAAAUAACUUACAACAACAUCGGUUGAACCAAUCUCCAGAAUCUAGCCAUUUAUCGUGCUUAAACAACGCCAUGUCAUCUCUUGAAACACGUCAAACUUCAUCUUCACCAUACUCAAAAGACAUCCCGAACCUGGAGAUCCAAACCAAAUCUUCAGCAUCCCUGGACAAUAGCAGCGGCCACAACUUUUCGGCUAGUCCAACCAACUCCAAUUCCAGCACCUCGCCCAACUCAGCGUGCUUUGAUUGUCAGGUGGCUAAAAACAAGUUGGUACAGUUGAGUAUGGAGAUCAACAAGAUUCGAGAGCAAAAGUCUCAGGCCGACCUUGAGUUGAGUGAAAAGAACGAGGCUUUAGCCAACCGGCUGGCUGAAAUCCGGUCGAGGUUGGUGAAGUUUAUGGAAGAAUCUGAUGCUGCUGAGAACGUGGAGUUUGUUAAAGAGAUCAUGAAGUUUACUAUGCUACAAUAA